AUAAGAAACAUGUGAUGUAUGUAAUUGGAGUGCUAUUUUCCUCUCCUUUAGUAAAAAUGUCCCCUUGGUCCUUAUCAACUUAGAUUGGGGUCCUUCUAUUACUUGUCUUAAUUCAAUUCUCUUUCCUCCAUAUGUGUAUACACAUAAGCGCUAUUGUAUUCGAAGGGGUUAGGUUUGUACUCAGGAGAAGGUGCUUUGCAUGUUUCCCUGUCUUUUUUAGAAGCAUAGCUUUCAAUUCCAAAGAAAAACCCAAAGGAAUCCGUACUUCGAAAGAUUUUGAGGAAGAGAUUAACCCAGUAGCUAAAGGCUUACAAGGUCAUAACCGAACCACAGCCAACUGCAAGCAGUUCCAAGAAAACCAAGCCAAUCAAAUACAGUGAGAGAAUUUGAAAACUGUUUGAAACCUAAGUAUCUCAACUCACCACCAGUUGGAAACCCCCAGGCCACAGCUCUGCCCAGAGAAAAAGAACUUCGCAAAAACUUAAGCUAAACCUCCCGAGCAAUGCUUUAUAUUUUUUCCCUACCUCAUUAAGAUUUUCUUACUAGCAACCCCCUUCAGCCCAAACCCCCCCGAACUAACUACUUAUAAACAUUUUUAGACUUCUGUGAACCCCGUAUCUUUUUUCUUUUCUUUUUUUUUUUCUUUUUUCCCUUUCCACCUGUAAUUGGAACCCAAGUUAUUCUAGAUUUCUUCAGAAAAUCUGAACUACCAAUCGCAAAUUCUCCUUUACGUACAUGGUCUCUUCCAUAUUUGCUGAAGAGAAAAAGGCCUUUUGAACAAAGAACUGAGCCAUAGAACCCUUAAUUCUUUAUUUUCCGUAUCACUGAGAUGAAACAAGGAAGCCAGCUCUCUAAACUAAAGGCAGUUAAAUGUUCAGAUAUCGCUGAAGAUGCCCAUAUAGUGUCAACUGCCAUAGAUUUUGUUCCAAAUAUUCGAUCUGGUAGCUACGCGGACAUUGGAGCUCGGGAUUCUAUGGAUGAUGAACAUAUCUGCAUUGAUGAUCUGUCUACCCACCUCAGAUCUAUGUUCAAGUGUCCUGUGCCAAGUGGUUUUUAUGCUGUUUUCGAUGGUCAUGGAGGGCCUCAUGCAGCUGGCUUUAUCAAGAGGAAUGCCAUUAGAUUAUUCUUUGAAGAUGCUGAUUGGUUAAAAAUGCUGGAUAUUAGUUCUAUUUCCAUGAAAGAUUUGGAGAGUUCUCAUCGCAAAGCGUUUCUACUGGCAGAUCUUGCCUUGGCUGAUGAGCAAAGUGUUGGAAGCUCAUGUGGGACAACUGCGUUGACGGCAUUGAUUCUUGGAAGUCAUUUGCUUGUUGCAAAUGCUGGUGACUGCAGAGCGGUCCUAUGUAGGAAAGGUGUAGCUGUUCCAAUGUCUCAAGAUCACAGGCCUUCUAAUUUACUCGAGCGCAAGCGAGUGGAAGCGAUGGGAGGGUUCGUAGAUGAUGGGUAUGUGAAUGGGUAUAUUUCAGUAACGAGAACCUUGGGGGAUUGGGACCUGAAAUUGCCAAAUGGCUCCUCAUCACCUCUGAUUUCUGAGCCACAAGUGGAGCAUGCUAUUUUAACGAACGAUGACGAGUUCUUGAUCCUUGGCUGUGAUGGGAUUUGGGACGUAAUGUCAAGCCAAUACGCCGUCAGUCUUGUUCGACGUGGGUUGAGGAAGCACAAUGACCCUCAUCAAAGUUCCCAAGAGUUAGUCUUGGAAGCCUUGCGCCUCAACACAUCAGAUAACCUUACUGCAAUAGUAAUCUGCCUUGCUUCUCCCAGCUGCAUUCCUCAGCAGCGGAUAUGGAAGCCGUGUAGUCUGACCGAAGAGGCGAGAAGUAGGUUGAGGAGCUUGUUGGAAGGAAACUGAGUAUAGCAUUUGAAGUUCAAUCAAUUCUUGCCUGUUUGUGACUGCUUCAGAAGCAAAAAAGCAGCCAGCAAUUUUGUAGGGAUACAAAGAAAUAGGUUGAGUGGUUAGUGUUGGAUGGUACUUUUUCAGAUGAGUGCGGUUUUGAUCUGUCAAUUAGAGUUUGGAAGGAAGGAUUGGUUCCGGCAUUAUUUGUGUAAAGUAAUAAAUGAGAAGAGAAGCCCUAAUUUCAAGUCUUAAGCCUGCCCUUGUUUUGUUUGGUUAAAGUAUUGUGUUUCUUUGGGUUUUUAGUUGAACGAACAAGCAAGCAUAUGUAGAAUUGCAUAAAACAAUGGUACCAAUGCAUUUUGUUUCUCUUCUUCAA